AUGGUUCCCCGACCAAGGGCCCAGUCGGAUCCGCUCCAUACGCAUGAGUACCGCUACCAUGUACAGUUGAUGUACCUCAUUCAACAAGUCUAUGAGCGCAACCAGGAGUCCUCUCCCCUUCUGCGUCUUCCCGCCGAGCUGCGCGUGAAGAUCUACAACUACGUCUUUGAUGCCGACAGCAUCAGCCCAAAGUACGAGACGCAGGACCACCGCACCUGGGAGUACCCACGCUCCAACCUCUCACUCAUCCAAACCUGCCGCCAAAUAUGGGCAGAGACCAGGCUGCUUCCCUUCACCCGCAGCGUCUUCAGCGGCUACUCAGAGCACGUGAUCGAGAUGCUGUGCAAGAACCUCACGCGCAGUCAAGCCAACGCUAUUUCCAGAGUGAGUCUCCUCGUCGACGCAUUCGCCAUCUAUCGAGAUGGCAAGAUCCCUCACUCUGGCCUCAAACCAUGGAUCAUCUUUGAGCUCAGCGACUUGUGCACAUUUGAGGGCCUCAAGGAGUUGGAGCUAGUUUGGUUCGGCAGCGAGAUUGAGCCCGUUCAAGUGGCAUUGCAUGAGCAAGUCACCGAAGUGUUGGAAAGAUCAGGCCGCACGGAUAUCUCGCUCACUGUUGUUCCACUUCCUCCUCCUCCUCUGACUCCAACGGACUGA